AUGUUGCUGACUAUCGAAGAGCUGAACAAGACGGCGCAAAUGCAUCCACAAGUCGCAGAGUUCUAUCAGAGAUAUCCACAACCACAAAGAAAGUUUGACGUCCAUGUGUAUCGUGCCUUUCUUCGCAGCAAUACGGAGAUGUCGCUUGCCAGGCUAGGUCCAGCGCCACCGGACAUGCUGGAAUUCUAUCACAACAUAGAAAUGAGGGAUGGAACCUCGAGCACCCUAAAAGUUUUCAAGCCUAGAUGCGGUCCUCCCGGGCCUCUUGUAGUGUUAUGCUUCGGCGGCGGAUUCGUCGCAGGGGACCACGACCAGUUGACAGAGACAGCGAGAAUCUCAGUUCAACUAUUUGGCGCCACUGUGGUAAACAUCAGCUAUCGCGUGGCACCGGAGGCCAAAUUCCCGACCCAGCAGCUUGAUGCUUGGGACAGCGUGAAGUGGAUAGCAGAAAACGCGACCACAGAUGUGCUUGCAGCGGAUCCUACCAAAGGCUUCAUACUGGGCGGUGUCUCUGCGGGUGCCGCCAUCACGGCAGCACUGUCUCGACAAUUCCAAGUGGAUAAACUGGCUCAUGAGCUGACAGGGCAGUGGCUCGCUGUACCAUCUGUCAUGGACAUCAAUAGUUGCCCUGUGGAGUACAGAAAUUUCUUGAUCUCGCACCAACAGAAUGCCAAUACACCCAUGCUUUCUCGCGCAGUUACGGAUGUAAUGCGUGAUGCUGUCGAGACGUAUUUUCAAGUAGACGGGAUGGACCUGCUGAGAGAUGAGGGUCUCAUUUAUGAUGAAAUGUUGCGGACUGCUGGUGUGCAGACCAAGCUAGAUCUGUAUCCGGGAUGCCCACACGCGCAUUGGCCAAUGAUGCGAGGGCUGGAAGUUGCCAACAAGGCGCUCAUUGACACGAUUGUCGGCCUGGGAUGGCUUCUGGAGAUGGAUGUGUCGAGAGAAAGAGCGGCAGACGUACUCGGAGUACCGCUCGCAUGA